CUUAUCUUGCAUUUUCGAACUCGUCUCCAGAAGUGACCACGUUUCGGAUUGGUGGAUGCGUUGGGUGUGCCUCUAGUCUGUUCAUAUAAAACGAGAUGGGAAGAGAAACGCAUCAUCGUGAAGGCAAGCGCAUCGCAACAAGCAAGAUGAAGUGCGUGGUUCUGUUGCUAGCUGUGGUUUCGUGCGCUUCGGCGUACGUUAUCCUCAACCCAUACUCCUACUACAGCGGCGUCAGCCCCUACAUCUGGAGGAAGAAGCGGUCUGCCCCUGAGGCCCCGGCCGAAGACCAGCAGGCUGAUCCCGCUCUGUUCUACAAGAGAUACGUUGGCUACCCCUACUCUUCGUACAUCCACUACCUGAAGAAGCGCGAGGCCCCGGCCGAAGACCAGCAGGCUGAUCCUGCUCUGUUCUACAAGAGCUACGUUGGCUACCCCUACUCUUCGUACGUUCAUUACCUGAAGAAGCGUGAGGCCCCGGCUGAAGACCAGCAGGCCGAUGCAGCCAUGUUCUACAGGUCGUACCGCUACCCGGCCUUCGGCUACACCUACCCCGGGGUGCGCAUUCUGAAGAAGCGCGCUGCUGAUCCCGAGAAGGAGGAGGAGGAUGAGAAGAAGAAGGUCGUCUACAUCAACGCCAUGCCAUACAGCUCUCUCGGCUACCCGUUCUACAGCUACGCUCCUUACAUCUACAAGAAGUAAUCGACAAUCACAGGCAGCACCGAUCAUUGCACGAGCCCAUGCCGACAAAUGCUGACUUCUUCCGAUUGAAUUCUGGUCCGAAAGUUGUACGUCAUACUGUAUGUGGAUGUCCAUCGGACACAGGAUCGUAUGAUGGUGAUGGUGACGGCAACAGCAAUACAUAAUUGCAAGCAAA